AUGUUGUUCCUCAUACGCAUGCGCAGAAGCGUAGAAGAGGUCGAAUUGAAGUUUAUUUUUUUUCUUUAACAAAAGACAGCAAAAUGCCAUCGGACUAUGAUAAAGAUGCGUAUCCAGAGCCUCCCCGCCAGACUCCCAUCGUGGACAAGCAGACGACCCUUCCCAACCCAGCCCUGAUUUUGACUAAACUCUUCUAUUAUUCCGUGGACCUCCCUGUCACCACAUUCAGAGAACUUGUGGAGGGUAUCCACUCUGGCAACAAGUACAACUACUACCACCAGAAGUUCCGCCGUGUCCCAGAGCUGACCGAGUGCACAGAGGGAGACUACACCUGUUACUAUGAGGCUGAGAUGCAGUGGAGGAGAGAUCAUAAGGUGGACCAGGAGAUUGUGAAGGUGGUCCAGGAGCGUCUGAGGGCCUGCCAGCAGAGGGAGGGUACCAGCUACCACCAGAACUGUUCCAAGGAGCUGCAGCAGUUUGCAGACGUGGCCAAGGCCUACCAGUCACGCUAUGGGGAUCUGGGAGCCUACGCCAGCUCAAGGAAAUGUCUGAUGAAGCAGAAAGACAGGAUGAUGGCGGCCGAGGCAAAAGCUUAAACAAUAACCCCUAAUCACUCUGUUCCAAGUCUCUCUCCUAUGUAUGAAAUGUAGAGUAAAUAUGUUUAUUGCAAAAAAUAAUUGUCCUCAUUGUAUUGUUUAGCUGUAGUAACAGACAACUUUUUGAAUGAGCUGCAUUUACCCGUGACUCCAGCAGUUUUUAGCCAUCUCCAGAACUCAAACCAUUCUUGAAUAGGAACUGUUGUGGUCUAGUCCCGCUGGGCUGCAAGUACACUGCCACAAGUAGUACUGAAUCUCAAUGUAUUUGAUUGCGCGUCCCAGCUUAUCACUUGAUCAAAACGCAUUGGGGUCUGAGUGGAAAAGCCUUGAAUAUUCUCAUUUCAAGGGGACACAGAAUACAAGAAAUCUGACUCAUUUGGGAUUCAUCUUGGUCAAAUUCAAGUCCAGCGUUGUGAAAUAAGCAGCCAUGAUUAAAUCUACUUAAUAGCACAUCUCUUCAUUGUAUGAUUCUAAAAGAUGGCUUUUCAAUAAGGUCUAUCGGAGGACUUUUAACCUUAAUCUCUCCCGAGCCCAUAGUGAUGAGACAAGAUAGUAGCUACUAACAAUUGGAUACCACGAAAUUGGGAAGGGGCAAAACCCCCCCAAUUAGGUUAUUAUUAUGGAGCAACUUCAUCGACAUCCAGCUCUCGUAACCACGAACGUCACCAUUGGCCUCAAGGUGAAAUUGUAGUUCCUUCCUCUCCAGCAACUAAGGCAGGGCGACUAUUUUUGCAGUGACUUGGCAUUGAACCAGUAACUUAAUCAUGCAGCAUAUAUAUUCAAUGUCCGCUUUUUAUUUUCAGCCACCUAACAGGUGCCCCUUGCAAGGCAUUGGAAAAUCUC